UCCUAGUACAUCUUGUAAAAUAUGGUAGUAAACUGUUUUAAGCACCAUGAAAUGUAUAUUCGUUUGCAGGGUUUACAAAUUGCUCUUGCUACUGUUCUCCCAAAUGCUGAGCAUAGGGUAUGUUCAAGGCAUGUGUAUGGAAUUUGGAAGAAAAAGUUUGGGGAUCUUGACUAUAAGCCUUUCUUCUGGAAAGUGGCAUAUAGUUACACUAAAGGAGAGUAUAAACUGCACAUGGAUGAGCUGCUUUUAUAUGACAGAGAGGCGUAUGAUGCAUUGUUGGCUGCAGAACCAGAACAUUGGUGUCAAGCUUUCUUCUCAAAAACUGGAAGGUCGGCUAAUUGCAACAACCUUUCAGAAAGCUUCAACCGGACCAUCAAAAAGGCUAGAGAAUUGCCUUUUAUUAAUAUGUUGGAAACCAUCAGAAGACAAGCCAUGAUGCGUAUUUCUCGUAGGUUUAAGAGGGCAGACAAGUACAUAAUGCAGUUCCCGCAAAGAAUAGCAUAUGUGUUGGAGAUGAAUAGAAAAAACAGCAAAGACUUCCAAAUCAUGUUGGUAUACCUUGCAACCAUGCAAUUUGUGCCAUCAAUGACAUUCGUUGAAAACCAGAAGAGUAUGUUGUUAACUACUAUAAAACUCCAGUGUGGAUAGACACAUAUAGGGACAACAUCAAACCAGUCAAUGGGGAGCUCUAUUGGAAUAAAACUGGUAAGGGACCCAUUGGUGUUCCUGGAUUUAGAAAGAUGCCAGGACGUCCUAAGAAAAAGAGAAUUACACCAGCUCGUGAGUCUCAAUCAAAGCCCAAUAUAACAACUCGUGGUAGGAGGACUAUCACUUGUAGUAAUUGCAAACAGGUUGGACAUAACAAAGGGACUUGUAAGAAUCAAUCAUCUGUGGUUGAAGGUCCAAAACGAUAACGUGGAAGACCUCAGAAGAUACCUGUUGAUGGUGAAAGCUACCCGUCUCCUCCACCUAAAAGACAGAAAAACUAAGUCUCAAGCUUCCAUUUCAGUGCCUCAAUCCCAACCUGCAUCAUCUACUGCAUCUGGUGCGACCUCUACGUUUCCAACAUCAUCUAGUGCACCACCUGCUUCAGCUACGGGACCUCGACGUUGCCGACCACCAGGACGAGGUCAAGGUCGUCCACCAGUCCGAAGACAGCCAUCGGAUCCCUAAGGGAGUUGGUAUUUACACAUGUCCUUUCACAAAUCGAGUAUUUGAUGUGAGAGGAAGCAGAGCACGAGAUCUUGGACAAUCUCAGGGACCACGCCAACUCUAGUUUAUUAUCAUGCUAUCUUUUGGAUCCUUCUAGUUUUUAGACUUUGACUAUCUAAAUUAUGAUUUUCUUUUCUUAUUUGCGUUAAGAUUCUUUUCGGUUCGUAGACUGAAUUUAGCAUUUCUUCCAUCUAUGACAAUUACUUUGGCUUAACAUUUAUUUUGUUUAUAUAAUAUC